AUGAGUACAGAAUCGGCUUCCAGCUGGGAACGAGUUCCGUCCGACUACGACAUUGUUUCAGUGUCAUCGCCUUCAACUUCUCUCUCCCGCGCCGACUCUCCGAACUCAAGCUGCUCCGAAGAGCCUGAAAUCGCGCUGCCUCUUCCUUCAUCCUCCAAGAAGAUCGUGAUGGAAAGAAGCAAAGAAACGCGACCGAUCUUCUCGACCUUCGAAAAAGCGCCUUCGCUGGAUCCUUUUUCGCUGGAAUGGAAAACACGACGAGAAGCGGCGAUCGAAGAGCUUCCGAAGCUGACGUCCGAGAUGAUCGAAGCGACGCCGUUUUCGAAGAUGCAAUGGAGAAUGGUCUUUUUAUGCUUCGUCGGAGGCGUGGCAGAUGGCAUCGAACUAAUGUGCAUCUCCUUCGUCUUGCCGCACAUAAGAUGUUCCUUCGCGCUCUCCGCUGUUCAGAACUCGCUUCUCUCUUCCGUCGGCUUUAUUGGACUUCUUCUUGGAGGUCUGGUUUGGGGCUCAAUCGGCGACGCAAUCGGCAGAAGCGCGACUCUCUCGCUUUGCAUGGCGGUGAACGGCAUCUUUGGCCUUUUGACGGCUUUUUCGACGAGUUGGUUUUCAAUCCUGCUUUGUCGAUUCAUGGCCGGAGUUGGCAUCGGCGGCUCUGGUCUCCUCUUCACUUACGUCUGCGAAAUCGCGCCCAAGCGGCGGGUUGGCUUGUUUCUCUCGAUUCUGGCGACGAGCUGGAUGCUGGCGAAUGUUCUAGCCUCGAUUUUGGCGUAUUUAAUUCUUCCCUUCGAGCUCGUCGUUGGCUCCUGGCGUAUCUUCAUCACACUCUGCACUUUACCUGCCAUCUUUUCUUCAAUUUUAUUCAUGACAGCUCCAGAAUCUCCCAAUUGGUUAGCGUCCCAGGGACGAGUGACCGAUGUGAUUUCGUCGUUGACCGCCUUUUUUCCUCAAAAAUCGUUCAAGCAUUUCAAAACUCUGCAGCCAUUUGAGAAACUCGCCUCUUCUUCACCAGUUUCUGUUUCGACCUUUCUUUUCGAAAACCUGAAUCUCUCCGCCUCCUUCAAACAACUUCUCAGCCCGCAGCUCAUCAAAACAACCGGUAAGCAGCGUCCCUCAAACUUGAAUUAA